AAUAGUUUUGCCCACGCAGCUCUCCCUCCACGCCGUCUCUCUCGCUCUCUCUCUCUUCAAGCUCCGCCGUGCAGUCUCUCUCCUCUCCUCUCCUCCGCGGCUGUGGAGGAUUCGCCGGCCGCGCCUCGCCGGAGGAGCAGGACCGUCCGGCGAUGGCGACGUCGUCCGAUGCUCAGGCCGUCAAGUCUCUCAACAAGUCGCCCGGCCGCCGGCGCUUCGUCUUCAAAACGUUCUCCCAGAGGUUGGAGGAAAUUGAGAUCGAUGUCUACAAAAGCCUCGACAAAGUUAAGGCCGAGCCUUCCGAGGGAUCAUCUUUUUUCAGGGAUUGCCUCGUAGAAUGGAGGGAAUUAAACACUGCAGAGGAUUUUAUCUCUUAUUACGAGGAGAUUAUGCCUUUAGUACAGACAUUGCCCUUGGUUUUAUUGCACAAGGAAAUGAUAAUGUCAAAGCUUUUAUCUAGAUUACAAAUGAAGGCGAGGUUAUCACUUGAACCAAUUCUCCGGUUGCUUUCGGCUUUAUCUAGAGAUUUGCUGGAGGAUUUUUUCCCGUUUUUACCAAGGAUUGUUGAUUCAUUAGUUUCUCUUCUCGAAAAUGGUGCUGAUAAGGAACCUGAGAUUAUUGAACAGAUCUUCUGCUCAUGGUCAUCUAUGAUGAUGUAUUUGCAAAAGUAUCUAAGACGGGACAUUGUACAUGUGCUCAAGAUUACCAUCAAAUUAAGAUAUUAUGUUAAAGAAUAUGUCCAAGAAUUUAUGGCAGAAGCAAUGUCAUUCUUGCUAAGGAAUGCACCUGUUGAAGAGCUUAUAAAAGGUGUAAGAAAGCUCAUGUUCGAAGUUGUGAAGAAACAAUCAGUUGAGAGAAAAGCUGGUGUUAGUGCACUAUUGUAUUAUACUAUGAGAGGAACAUCACUGCAGUUCCAUUCAAAGGCAGAGCGUGUACUGCGGAUAUUGCUGGAUAAUUCAAUUUUCAGGAUUGGCGAUAAAUUCACCGAAGGUUCAGACACUAUUGUUGAGGUCAUUGAUGCUACCUUCCGAAGGUUAUAUGAAGAGCUGGAGUCCGAGGAGUUGACUUUGUUGUGGAAUUGCUUGUAUCAGGAGACCAUUGUUGCUAUAAAUAACAAAAACUCUUCCUACCUUGGUAGACUCUUGACUUUAUCAAUCUCGAACGUCCAGUUUGACGAAGGACGCAAAGUUUUAGAUUAUAGGCCGCUUCUUGAACUCGUGACAAUGCUUGUGCAAAAGCUUUUCGUUUUUCAUGGUUCCACAGUAGCUGAGGAUGGUCUUGUCGAGGUUCUUGAUAAGGUUCUGAAGUUAAUGCUAAGUAUUGUUGAUGGGCUACAUCGUGCUAAUGACUCGUCUGCUCUCCAACACUGCUGUAUGCAAUGGACUCCUCUAUUCGCGUUGCAUAACUUGAGUUUGUUGGAAUUUAUUGGAGAAAUGCUACUGAAGGAUUCUUCAAUAGUGAGUGUAUUCCGUGCCAUCAUUUUGAGGACACUGGAUAAUUUAAUUGAAAAUUCCCUGGAACAAGUGAUCUGUCUUUGCCUCUGCUUAUCUGAGAAAAUGCAAGUAGAGGUUGACAUCCAUGGGGUAUUAUUUGGAGGACAUUCAAGGAUUCAGCUAAUUGUGCAGCAAACUCUUACCAACUGGAUAUCUUUGAUAAAGGGUUUUAGAAAUGGAGAUCGCUUGUCUGUUCAACUUGAUGAGACUGAACUGGCUUUGCUGUGGGGAGUCAUAUGCUGCUAUCCCUAUGCCUUUGACAGUCCGCACAAUGUGGCCUUGUUAAUGGACCUGAUCAAUGAAAUUGAUCAGCUUUUAAUGGCCCAAGAUGAUAAAAUCCUAGGUUUUUCUAGGCACACCUGGCAAAGCCUAAUUGGUGCUGCUAUAAGUUCCCACCACAGACUAUGUUGCGAUACAAAAUCUGGGUUUGAAGAUGCAAAUAAGGUCGUGCAACUUGCGAAAAGACACAAGUCAUCUCCUCAAGUGUUGGUAGCUGUUGCUGAUUAUCUUGAUUGGGUGCAUGGGCCUAAAUUACAAGAAGCUAGUGACACAUACCAUCAGGAGUUCGAGACAAACAAGUUUGCGGAGGCAGUUGAUGUUUUUGCAGAAAAUUUGUCUCACUUUGACAAGAGGAUUCGCGUCUCAACUUUACGAAUACUGUGCCAUUAUCAGCCUCUCAGUUGUGAUAUCUGUACUUCAGAUCGACCUGUAGGGCUGAAAAUGAGUAAUGAAAUUUGCCAGACUUCCCAUGGCAUUGGUCUGGGUGGUAAUGUGCUUGAGCUCCUCCUUUCUAUUGAGACAAUUCCUCUUUCAGUUUCUACCAGCAGGAAAGUGAUCCUAUUGAUCUCUAAAAUACAGACGGAUUUAUCUGCUGGAAGGAUUGGUGAAAGCUAUGUACCCUUGCUUUUAUAUGGGAUAAUAGGCAUCUUUUAUAACAGAUUUAGUUAUCUGUGGGCUCCAGCAUUGGAGUGCCUUGCUUUUUUAAUUAGCAAACAUGUUGGAACUGUAUGGGACAUUUUUAUACGGUAUCUCAAAAGCUGCCAAUUGUUUUUCAAAGCUUCUCGUGAUCAUCUUAAGGAAGUAACUGCUGAAUUGCCUGACAAGUCAAAUGGCUUGGUAGAGCGCUUUCAUUUGUUUACAAGUCCAAUGGUGGAUAGGACACCUAUCGAGUCGGUAUUUUCACUGUUGAUCCAAUCUCUGCAAAAAGUUCCAACUAUUGUUGAAGCUCGAUCUCGGCAACUUGUUCCUCUUUUCUUGAACUUUUUGGGAUACAGUGAUGACGAGCAUUCAAGUGUUGGUUCAUUCGAUUCACGUGCUUGUAAAGGAAAACAAUGGAAGGGCAUCCUCAAAGAAUGGCUGAACCUGCUAAAAUCGAUGCGCAAUCCUAAAUCCUUCUAUUGGAGUCAGUUUCUCAAAGAAGUUUUGCAAAACAGGCUUCUGGAUGACACUGAUCCUGAAAUACAGAUGAAGGUUCUGGAGUGCCUCCUGACAUGGAAGGAUGAGUUCUUACUGCCUUAUGAGCAGAAUCUCAGGAACUUGAUUGAUUCGAAAAGCUUACGGGAAGAAUUAACUACAUGGAGUUUAUCCAAGGAUUCUAAUCUGAUUGAAUAUGGUCACCGAGCUUAUAUUGUUCCUUUAGUCAUCCGGAUUUUGGUGCCCAAAGUGAGAAACUUAAAGACAUUGGCCUCGAGAAAGCACAAGAGUGUGUAUCAUCGGAAGGCAGUUCUUGGUUUCAUUGCUCAGUUAGAUGUUAAUGAGCUUCCGCUUUUCUUCGCGCUGCUGGUAAAGCCUUUUCAAGUUAUUGCCAUGGGAAGUGAUGGCACGCAGAAUUGGUUUGUGUACUCUGCAAGCAGUUCAAUGGACGACUUUCUGCCAUUUAACUUUUUGAAGUAUUUUACUGCGGAUAAUAUAGCAGCCCUCUCUUGGAAGAAGAGAUCUGGUUACUUGCAUGUAAUUGAGGAUAUUCUAGUGACCUUUGAUGAAUAUCAUAUAAACCCGUUCCUUCAACUGUUAAUGGGUUCUGUCAUUCGAAUUUUGGCUUUCUGUACAUGUCAAUUGGACAGGAGAAAGAGCAAGAAUCCGUCUUCGUUAAAUGGGUCUACUAAUCUAAACCAGGCUUGGAAUGAGGACACUGGAGCUGGGGAUAAUCUUCUGGUGGGUCUGGAAAGUAAGCAGGUCAAGGAUCUGAGGUCUUUAUGCCUGAAAAUUGUUUCCUCUGUUUUAAUUAAGUAUGAAGAACGUGAGUUUGAUGGUGACUUAUGGGACCUUUUCUUCCAUUCGGUGAAACCAUUAAUUGAAGGCUUCAAACAAGAGGGUUCAAGCAGUGAGAAGCCGAGCUCACUGUUCUCUUGUUUUCUUUCUAUGAGCAGAAGCCACAAACUUGUAUCCCUGUUGUGUAGGGAACACAGCCUGGUCCCGGAUAUGUUUUCAAUGCUGGCUAUUACAACUGCCUCUGAAGCGAUUAUAUCAGCCGUUUUAAAGUUUAUAGAGAACCUUCUCAGUCUUGACAGUGACUUGGGGGAAGAGGACAGUUGUGUUAGAGAAGUUCUACUUCCUAACCUUGAGGAACUUACUUGUAGUCUGCAUUCUCUUUUUCUUGGUGAUUCUCCUAUAAAGAGGAAAUUGAUCAAACAUCCUGGGGAGUCUCUGAUAAAAGUAUUUAAAUUUCUACCCAAGUAUGUGAGCAAUCAAUCACUAGGAAGAAAGAUUAUGGAUGUUUUACUUCUGUUCUUGUCAAAGGGAGCUCACAACCCUGAUGUUUAUCGAGAAAUUCUGCAUGUGAUUCGAGACUUGUUACCUGUCUUGGGUGGCAUAUGCAAUAAGGAGAUUCUGGUUGCAGUUUCUCCUCUGCUUAGUUGGGUCGAGUUGGAUAUGCGAGUAUCUAUUUGUAAUCUUCUCGUUGCUCUUGCUGAAGCCGACCAUUCUAUAGCUGUUGUGGGAAAACUCAUAAACGAAUUGAAUGCAACCUCUUCCAUGGAAAUAGAAGGCCUUGACUAUGACAGAAUAACGAAUGCCUAUGAAAAGAUUAGCUUCGAUCUGUUCUAUUCUGUUGAAGUGGAUCAUGCAUUAAUAAUUUUGUCGCAGUUUGUCUAUGAUAUGUCCUCUGAUGAAUUAAUCUUAAGGCACAGUGCUUAUCGGUCGUUGCACGCUUUCAUUGAAUUUUCCACCAAGAUCAUUGACCGUGACACAAAGGGUGUAGAAAAAAUGCUAGAAGGCAUGGUGGUUCAUGACAGUAGUUGGUGGACAAAAUCAUCUGUCGAGCGCAUUGUUGAUAAGUUCCUCUUGAAGCAUUUAGGGGAGGCAAUGAGGAAGAAAGCACCAAUUCGUAAGGAAUGGAUGGAUCUGCUACGAGCGAUGGUCUUGAAGCUCCCUGAAUUGGCAAAUCUGAAUUCGUUCAAGUCAUUAUGCAGUGAAGAUGCUGAAGUAGAUUUCUUCUUCAAUAUUGUUCAUCUGCAGAAGCAUAGAAGGGCAAGGGCUUUGUCACGCUUUAGGAGUGUUAUAAGUACCAGUAGCAUGUCCGAGGACAUCCUUAACAAGAUUUUCAUCCCAAUGUUUUUCAAUCUGCUGUUUGAUGUUGAAGAUGGAAAGAUAGAGCAAAUAAAAAAUGCAUGCCUAGAGGCCCUUGCAUCAGUCGCUGGUCAUGUGGGAUGGAGGUCCUAUUAUGCAUUGCUCAUUAGAUGCUUCCGACAAAUGACCACAGAUCCUGAGAAGCAGAAGCUAUUGUUGCGUUUAAUUUGCUGUAUUUUGGACCAGUUUCAUUUCUCAGAAGUCAACUUUAAUCGAGAACCCAUAUGCCCUUCCGAAACUGCUCUAGAUGCAGUCAAGAUGGGUAAUGCUUCAGUUAAUUUAAGAAAAUGUACUUCAAUUGAAGCCCUGGAGAUCCAGGAUUCCCUCCAGAAAAAUGUGCUACCUAGGAUACAGAAGCUUCUCAACUGUGACUUGGAUAAGCUUAAUGUUAAUAUUAAUCUAGCAGCACUCAAGCUGCUAAAGUUGCUUCCAGGGGACACAUUGGAUUCACAGCUUCCGACUAUCAUUCAUCGUACGGUAAAUCUCUUGAAGAGUCGUGCAGAAAGCGCUCGUGAUGAAGCCAGGUCUGCUUUAGCAGCUUGUUUGAAGGAACUUGGGCUGGAAUACUUGCAAUUCAUACUCAAUGUCCUGCGUGCUACACUAAAGCGAGGAUAUGAGCUGCAUGUACUGGGUUACACAUUGAACUUUGUAUUGACGAAGGUUCUUGUGACUCCCAGUAGAAUAAAGUUGGACUAUUGUUUGGAAGGUCUUUUAUCAAUAGUAGAGAGCGAUAUCCUUGGAGAUGUUUCUGAGGAAAAAGAGGUGGAGAAGAUAGCAUCUAAAAUGAAAGAAACUAGGAAACGGAAGUCGUUUGAUACCUUGAAAUUGAUUGCACAAAACAUCACAUUCAGAAGCCAUUCUUUGAAACUUCUUUCUCCUGUAACUUCUCAGUUACAGAAGCAUCUGACUCCAAACCUGAAAGCGAAGUUGGAGAGCAUGUUAAGUCAUAUUGCAACUGGGAUUGAGUCUAAUCCUUCCGUUGAUCAGACCGACCUGCUCAUUUUUGUAUAUGGCCUCAUAGAAGAUGGAAUAAACAAAGAAAAGGGUCAGGGUGAUAAUUUGACAGUUCCUUCUGGACAGAAAUAUCAUAAGGAUAACAUGAGGGGGAACAGAGUUUCUAUGAGUCAGGUGUUUCGAAAUGACUCUCAGGGUUCACAUAUGAUUACAGUGUUUGGUCUUGGAUUGUUGCAUACUCGACUAAAAAAUUCAAAAAUGGACAGAAAUGAUGUAAAUCUGCUGUCGAUGUUGGAUCCUUUUGUUGUGCUGUUAUGCAGCUGUUUAAGUUCUAAAUACGAAGAUAUCUUGUCAGCAUCUUUAAGAUGUUUGACUCCUCUGUUCAGGCUGCCCUUGCCAUCUUUUGAAACUCAGGCUGACAAAAUUAAAGGAGCGCUGCUUGAUAUUGCCCAAAGUUCUGUGGAUAGUAGCAGCCCCCUAAUGCAGUCAUGCCUCAGAUUAUUAACUGUGCUUCUCCGGAUGACCAACAUCACACUUUCUUCUGAAGAAUUACAAACACUGAUACAAUUUCCGAUAUUUGUCGACCUCGAGAGGAAUUCUUCUUUCCUUGCCCUGUCUCUACUGAAGGCAAUUAUCAGACGCAAGUUAGUGGUACCUGAGAUAUAUGAUGUUGUAAAACAAGUUGGAGAAUUGAUGGUAACUAGUCAAGUGGAUUCUAUACGUAAGAAGUGCAGUCAGAUUUUAUUGCAAUUUUUACUCGAUUACCAUCUAUCUGAGAAGCGGUUGCAGCAACAUUUGGAUUUUCUGCUUUUGAACCUGAGGUAUGAGCAUUCAAGUGGAAGAGAGGCUGUGCUUGAAAUGCUUCAUGCUAUUAUUGUCAAGUUUCCUAGUAGCGUUCUGGAUGAGCAGUCACAAUCAUUAUUCAUCCAUCUGGUGGUUUCUUUAGCAAAUGAUGAAGAUAACAGAGUUCGCUCUAUGACUGGUGUAGCGAUAAAACUUUUAGUCGGGUGUAUAAGCCCUCAUCCACUUCAUUCUAUCCUUGAGUAUAGUCUUUCUUGGUAUUUGGGUGGGAAAAAGCAACUCUGGAGUGCUGCAGCACAGGUCUUAGGGCUUCUGGUUGAAGUCAUGAAGAAAGGCUUUCAUAAACAUAUUUCUAGCGUAUUGCCUGUAGCUAGAAGUGUUUUGCAGUCUGCUGUCAGUUCUGUUGCAAGUGACCAACUGGAUCUCCCUGAUGAGGCAGCUAUUCCUUUCUGGAGAGACGCAUAUUACUCUCUGGUUAUGUUAGAGAAAAUUUUACAUCAAUUUCAGCAUUUGACUUUUGAAGCAGAAUUUGAGGAUAUCUGGACAGCAGUGUCAGAGUUGCUGCUGCAUCCACAUAUGUGGCUACGCAAUAUAUCCAGUCGUCUUCUAGCAUUUUACUAUGCAGCAAUAACUGAUGUAUGCAGAGGAAACAAUGAGAAGCAAUUAGGAGACUUUCUUCUAACGAGAAAAAGCAGACUUUUUCUGAUAGCUGUUUCCUUGUGCUGCCAAAUGAAGACGCAACCUGUGGAUGAUGCAGCAGGACACCUCAUGAUAGAAAAUAUUGUUUUCUCCAUUAGUUGUUUGAAUUCUUUGAUGGGACAUGUUGAGUCUCUAGCUUGCAAGAAGUUUUGGCUUACUCUUGGACAGGAUGAGAAAGUUUGCUUUCUCAAAGCGUUCCAGUUACUCGAACCAAGAAAUGGAAAAGCCAUCUUUGUCUCUCUAACAUCUGGUUUAGAAGACCAUAACGAUGGCCACUCUGGAGAUGGUCGAUAUUUUCUUGUACGCAGUUUGCUUAGAAAGUUGGGGAAGAUUGCCCUUCAGAUGGACCAUGUUCAGUUGAAACUUGUCUUCAGUAUAUUCCAGAAGUUCUCAUCACAAAUUGGUGGUGAAGACGCACUGCAGUAUGCAUAUGAGUUGCUACUACCACUCUAUAAAGUUUGUGAAGAAUUUACUGGGAAAGUCAUAUCUGAAAACUCGAAACAAUUAGCUCAAGAGGUUUCUGAGUCAUUACGAAGCAAUUUGGGCCUCCAGAAUUUCGUGCAAGUUUAUGGCCAGAUAAGGAAGGAUCUUAAGCACAAGAGGGACAAAAGGAAACAGGACGAGAAGCUCAUGGCUGUGAUCAAUCCAGUGCGUAAUGCCAAGAGGAAACUGAGGAUCUCCGCCAAGCAUAGCGCCCACAAGAAAAGGAAAAUAAUGACCAUGAAGAUGGCGAGAUGGAUGCAUUAGAAAACAGGAGCAUAUCAUUCAUGGACAAUGGAUGCAUCUUCGUGGACAAGAGAGGCGAUCUCCCAACUUUAAGAAGCGCCUCUGAUAUACAGUCUACUUUUGGCUGUCAAAUGCUGGAGGAGCAGAACAAUGGUUGACAUGACGCAAUCUCAUCUAUCGCGCACGAACCAAAGAGUUUCUUAAAAACAGUUCCCGAAGAACGACUUUGCUGUCACCUCUGUCUGUUUGCGAGAAACCCUGGAACCUCCCCCCACCAGCUGUGAAAAGGGAGAUUUAGCACCUGUGGAGAAAGUGAGGCUGUGUCGUAUUGCAUCGAGGAGCUUUCUGCAGUAAGGCUGUGAUGCUGCAGUAAGAUCGGGUGUUCAAGGACCGUGUGCUGGGGCAUCAUGGAGAGGUCAUUCUAACUUUGCUCGGUAACUUAUUUGUUUUGUAGAAAAGUCCUAUUUGUGCGAGCCGAAGCUGGCUCCUUAGUUGAGGAGAACAGAACGAGGUCCCUUCUCUCCGGACUAAAUUACCGGACUUGGUUAAGUCUUAGUUAGGUGCGGGGUUGAAAUUCUUCGCGAGUAAACAUCUCUUUUGUGGUGUAUAGAUAUGUAUAGCAUCUUAUAUUAAUUCAUUCUUUUUACAGUGGCAUAA